UUCAGUAUUCGAGUUAAAAACAGAUAGCCGAAAAAUGAGCGAACAGGAAAACCACUUAGAUGACCUGAAACGCAGUGCGCCCACAGAUAUAUCAUCCGAUGUGGCAGAUGCAGCAGAAGAAGAGGACGGCGGUUGGAUUGGUCCUCUACCCUCCGAGCAGACCGACGCCACGCCGGCUAAGAAAAGAAAAGUUCUGCCUUACGAGAACAUUUACCUGGAAAAUCUGCCAAAUGCUGAGAGUUACGAACGCAGCUACAUGCAUCGUGACGUCAUUACACACUUGGUGUGCACCAAGACGGAAUUUCUGGUGACGGCCAGUAUAGAUGGCCAUAUAAAGUUUUGGAAGAAAAUGGACCAAGGCAUUGAGUUUGUAAAGCACUUUCGCAGCCAUCUUGUGCCCAUUAAAUCGCUUACCACAAAUUGCAGUGGCACAAUGUUGUGCUCAGCAGCUACCGAUCAAACAGCGAAGGUAUUUGAUGUGGUCAACUUUGACAUGAUUAAUAUAAUCAGAUUGGGAUACACACCACUCUGUAGUGAAUGGAUACAUUCGCCAGGCGAUGCGGUUCAGGGACUAGCCAUUUCUGAUGCAGACAGCAACAGUAUACACAUAUACGAUGGUCAAAGCGGAGGUGAUUCGCUUAAAAUUCUAGACAAAUUGCAUUCAGCGCCCGUUUUGGCCAUGUGCUUUAAUUUAGCUAUGGAAACUGUUAUUUCUGUGGAUCGGAAUGGGAUAUUGGAAUAUUGGCAGAAUUGCAAACACGAUUACAAGUUUCCCCAACGCUUAGUCACUUUUGACUCAAAACUAGACACAAGUCUGUAUGAAUUUGCUAAGCAAAAGACCCAAGUAACCGGCCUAUCUGCGACGCCUAAUGGUAAGCGCUUUGCAGCAAUCUCAACUGAUCGCAAAGUGCGUGUAUUUCAGUUCAAUACGGGUAAAAUGAUACUUGUCUUGGACGAAUCCCUAGCCACGUAUACACAGAUGCAGCAGACACCUCAUGCGCUACCAAAUAUGGAAUUUGGUAGACGAAUGGCUGCGGAACGUGAUCUUGAAAAAACGGCGCAAAAUUCAACGCUCAAUAUUCUGUUCGAUGUCACCGGUCAUUUUUUGUUGUAUCCCACAAUGUUAGGUAUUAAAGUAAUAAAUGUUGCCACGAAUCGAUGCGUUGCUAUUUUGGGCAAGACUGAUAACAUAAGACCUUUGCAAGUGGCACUCUUCCAGGGCAGAGUCAGAAGACAGAAGGCGGCCAUAACGCUUGAACAAGAGGCAAGCGAAAACCCUGCACUUCAGAAUCUGCUAAAUGAUCCGACAGCAUUUUGCACAGCCUACAAAAAAAACCGUUUUUAUCUCUUUAGCAGACGGUUGCCUUCUGAUCUGCAAGAUGUUGAUCGUGACAUUUUCAAUGAGAAGCCUUCCAAAGAAGACAUUAUUGCUGUUCCAGAGGCACAAGUCGUCCAACGUAUCUACGAAAAUGUAGUGCUACAUACCACUAAAGGAGACAUACACAUGAAAUUAUUCUUUAAAGAAGUACCGAAAACUGUUGAAAAUUUUUGUGUGCAUGCUAAGAACGGAUACUACAACGGACAUAUAUUCCACCGUGUCAUCAAGGGUUUUAUGGUGCAAACAGGUGAUCCUACGGGCACGGGAACUGGCGGAAAAUCAAUUUGGGGCAAUGAUUUUAAGGACGAAUUUGUGCCAAGCUUAAGGCACGAUCGCCCGUAUACUGUAAGCAUGGCCAAUGCUGGACCCAAUACUAAUGGAAGCCAAUUCUUCAUAACUGUCCUGCCAACGCCUUGGCUGGAUAACAAGCACACGGUGUUUGGACGAGUGUACCGUGGCAUGGAAGUGGUUCUCAAUAUAUGCAAUUCGAAGGCCAAUCCAAAAACGGACAAACCUUAUGAUGAUAUAAAAAUAAUUUCUAUUCAUUUAAGUAAUUAGGUAAAAUAUACAAGGU